GGCGGGUGCGCGCGCGGCGCGCGGCCGAGGCCCAGCCGGGACUUUCCAGCCGGCGCGGCGGCGGCCGCCGGCCUUCCCCGCCCCCGCCAUGGGGCCGCCCGGGGAGCAGGACGCGGCGGGCGGCGCAGGACGCGCGCGGGGGCCCUGAGGAGGCCGCGCCAGGUAAGGGAUUCCACCACGCCCGCCGCAGAAGGACAAGGUCGCCUCCACUCCGCCUCAUUGUUUCCCGAAGCCUCUUCCUCCCGGUCAAGCUUAGCUCUGUCUUCCCACAGCUUAUGACUCACAGAAAAACUGUGAGACAGACAGAGCCAGCCAGAGAGGGAGAGACACCGUGGAACCAGAGCUCUCUCCAGUGCCAUGGCAUCUCCCAUGUGGGGCUGGGGCUGAAGUCUGAGCCAUGCACAUGUCAAGAGCCUCUCCUUCCUACCAUGGAGCCUAGCAAGAAGAUGGACUCCUCCAGCACCCUGCAGAGCAACCCCUCGCUGAAGCUGCACUCCGACCGCACGGGCGCCCCGGUCUUUGUCCCCGAGCAAGGUGGCUACAAGGAGAGGUUCGUGAAGCCGGUCGAGGACAAGUACAAGUGCGAGAAGUGCUGCCUGGUGCUGUGCAGCCCCAAGCAGACCGAGUGCGGACACCGCUUCUGCGAGACCUGCAUGGCCACCCUGCUGAGCACCUCGAGCCCGAAGUGCACUGCGUGUCAAGAAGGAAUCAUUAAAGACAAGGUAUUUAAAGAUAACUGCUGCAAGAGGGAGAUUCUGGCCCUUCAGAUAUACUGUAGGAAUGAAAGCCGGGGUUGUGCGGAGCAGCUGGAGCUGGGACAGCUGCUGGUGCACUUAAGGAGCAACUGCCAGUUUGAGGAGCUCGCGUGCGCACGUGCCGACUGCAAAGAGAAGGUGCUGAGGAAGGACCUGCGGGACCAUGUGGAGAAGGCCUGCAAGUACCGGGAGGCCACGUGCAGCCACUGCAAGAGCCAGGUCCCCAUGAUCAAGCUGCAGAAACACGAAGACACCGAGUGUCCCUGCGUGGUGGUGUCCUGCCCUCACAAGUGCAGCGUCCAGACCCUCCUGAGGAGCGAGUUGAGUGCACACUUGUCAGAGUGUGUCAAUGCCCCCAGCACCUGUAGUUUUAAGCGCUAUGGCUGCAUUUUUCAGGGGACAAACCAGCAGAUCAAGGCCCAUGAGGCCAGCUCUGCCGUGCAGCAUGUCAACCUGCUCAAGGAGUGGAGCAGCUCUCUGGAGAAGAAGGUUUCCUUGCUGCAGAAUGAGAGUGUAGAAAAAAACAAGAGCAUCCAGAGUUUACACAACCAGAUAUGCAGCUUCGAAAUUGAAAUCGAGAGGCAAAAGGAAAUGCUUCGAAAUAAUGAAUCCAAAAUACUUCACUUGCAGCGAGUGAUCGACAGCCAAGCAGAGAAGCUGAAAGAGCUCGACAAGGAGAUCCGGCCCUUCAGACAGAACUGGGAGGAGGCAGACAGCAUGAAGAGCAGUGUGGAGUCACUGCAGAACCGAGUCACUGAGCUGGAGAGUGUGGACAAGAGUGCGGGGCAGGCGGCUCGGAACACAGGCCUGCUGGAGUCACAGCUGAGCCGGCACGACCAGAUGCUGAGCGUGCACGACAUCCGCCUGGCCGACAUGGACCUGCGCUUCCAGGUGCUGGAGACGGCCAGCUACAAUGGCGUGCUCAUCUGGAAGAUCCGCGACUACAAGCGGCGGAAGCAGGAGGCCGUGAUGGGCAAGACCCUGUCGCUGUAUAGCCAGCCCUUCUACACCGGCUACUUCGGCUACAAGAUGUGCGCCCGCGUCUACCUCAACGGGGACGGCAUGGGCAAGGGCACACACCUGUCACUGUUCUUCGUCAUCAUGCGCGGCGAGUACGACGCCCUGCUCCCCUGGCCGUUCAAGCAGAAGGUGACGCUCAUGCUGAUGGACCAGGGCUCCUCGAGGCGCCACCUGGGCGACGCCUUCAAGCCGGACCCCAACAGCAGCAGCUUCAAGAAGCCCACGGGAGAGAUGAACAUUGCCUCCGGCUGCCCGGUCUUUGUGGCCCAAACCGUCCUAGAAAAUGGGACCUAUAUUAAAGAUGAUACGAUUUUUAUUAAAGUCAUAGUAGAUACGUCGGAUCUGCCCGACCCCUGACGAGCAGCCGGGGAGGUGGAUCGAGCAGAAGGCAACUCCUCUAGAGGGUUUCAGCCGGCAGUCUCCACCGAGGCCCUUGCACUCAGAAGAGGACCCGGUGGGACGAGGAGGCGGCAGAAGGUGGCCACGGGCCGGCGGGAGGAGCCACGGGAGGACCCAAGUAUUUUAUAGUAGACUAGCAUCACCACUUCCCUCCGAAGAAUCAUUUAUCCUUCGAGCAGGGUUCCAUUCUCAUUUCUAAAGAUCUAGUUAACUAAGGUGGAAACACAACAAAAGAAAAAGAAUUUUUUUUCUUCCUUAAACUUGAACACCAAAAAGGACACAGACACACACACACACAGACACACACACACACUCCUGGGUACAGCUGGACACAUCAGCAUGUUAGAGGUACAAGAACAGUUUAUGAAAUAAUAAUGCAAUUCUAAUAUAUUCAUCUAAAAUUCAAGAGUGCAAUCUUGUUUCAAAUAUAGUAUAUUGUCUAUUUUUAAGGCCUCAUCUGGUCUCUGUUUUAAUAGUUUGUUUGUCAGAAGACCCUUGAGCACACCUAGGUCUUUUCUGGAAGUCUCUAAAUUCAGAAUCAUUUUUUAAUUUGAAAGCUCUACCGAUGAUUGUCACUGCAAAACAUUUACUUGCAAACGUUGAUAGACUGCUAUUUCUUGGAAGAAAAUGUAAACUAUCAAACACUGGUUAUCACUUGUGAUAGGAAAGAGAAUAUCCAACCUGCUGUUAUUUCUCGUUAGAAAUGUAAACCUCCGGUUCCUGUCGUAGUUAAUGACACUACUUCAAAAUCACUAUGAAAGGCAAAGCGCUCAUGGAUGCUGUGCAUCACUCGGAUUUCUAAUUGUUUUCACCCUAAAAUAGGGCAUUAGUUGAACUUUGGAGUUCUACGCAACCAUCCUGUAGGUUUUUAAAAUUCUGCCCCCACGUGUUCAGAUGAGCUCUCCCGUUGGGGACGCCCCCUAACCCUGCUGGAGGAGGCUGCUACGGACACCUCCAUCUGUCACACGGCUGCCCUCGGAGGCGGUGCCCUGCUGUCUGUGCCUUACAUGUGCCAUGCUGCUUGCUUUCUGCCCAUCGCUUGACCACACUCUGCUGCACCUCUAGGUCCGUCUCCACAGGCCCUGCCCUGGGGAAGCUUCCGGAGCUGCUGCCGCUUAAUUGUCACAGACCCCAACUCUCUAGACCCCCGAAGCGAGCCCCUGGUCCUGCCCCUGAGGUAGGUGGGUAGAAGCUACAUCUGUGUCCCCACCGGCUUGGGCAGAGCCCUCUGAGCGUUCCAGAGCAUUCCAGAGACCGCCGCUCCGGGGAGGGCUGGGCCUCUCAGGACCCCACUCUCCCUGCAGGGCGGAUCCCGGGGGGCUGCUGCCUAGGCCCUCUUCAACUCACUGUUUACCUUCUCCAGUGGUCCAACUGUGAUUAGAAGCCGGAGCCUCCCGUGCCCCUCCGCUAUGCACCGCGCUUCCUGGGUGCUCUUAACUGACGGGUGCUACACGUGACGGGUGCUUCUUAGGCCAACACCGAGGGGUGCGAACCGCCGCAUCUGUGCCGCUCAUCCACGCGCCCGAGACCGCCGGGCCGCGCGCGCCCUUGACUGCCUGCCUGCCUCUGGGCCGCGGCCGGUCUCGGGGCAGCUGGGUGGCCGCUGGCCCUGGUGCUCCAUCUGCCUGGGUGUGCCUUCACCCCAGUGCCUGCUGGGAACGCCCGCACACUGUCCCCGAGCUUCGAGAAGUGACCUCAUGGCUCCACGCACCUGCCGCACCCCCUAGCAUUUCCCAGGCUUGGCUUCCAUCUUCCCCGCUUCCCUCCUGGGGACCGAGUGUCCCCUGACAGCCCCCGCCUGGCCCUGGACCCUCCGGCCUGGUGGCUGUCCUGAGCCAGAGUCAGGCUUCCUGGCCGGCAGGGACCGGAGGCCUCAUCCCAUCACAAAGGUACAGCCAGUUUUGCAGGCACAGGGAAAGUCAGCUAGAGCGUCCCCCUCCCCUGGAAGGCCCUGGUGGAGGGGGAGGGGGCCUGAAGUGCUAAGAUUGGGGGGGACCUGCCCUGGUGGGAAACACCCCCCUCCCCCUGCACAGGGCAGAGCUGCAGUCCUGGGUUCCCCCUCAACACCCCCCCCCCCAGGCUUGGCCUGAAGCUUGCUGAUGGCUGUGGCCCUGGUGCGGGACUUAGGGAGGGACCCCAGGGGCCUUGUCUGGUGCUGCUGCCCCGCGCCCAUGUGCACGGCCCCCUGUCCCGGUGUGCUCAAGUGACGGCAUUCCCCACAGGACUCUCAGCCCGGCUCCGAGGAGAACCCUCCUGGCGCACGCUAGGCCACCGCAGCCGAAGGCAAGAACAGCCCUCUGGGCCGCUGCUUCCCGGGCCCUGCCCUGGCCAAGCAGGAGGGGACAGCUGUGCGUGUGACCCUCACCCGUGUGUCUUGAGUAAGGACCCUCCUGAAAGGCGAGGUCGGUGGCGGGGUGCCAGGGACUCUGGGCUGGGCUCUGUCAGUCUUUCUGUCACUUGGAUUCUCAGCUUCCUGGUUCCCAGGUUACUGAGAGAAACGGGAAUGUGUGGGAAUUGUUCUGUCAGAUGGGAGAGUGGCGCCACCCUUGAGUCCCUGACGUGCUUGCCCUGUGCAGGGGACAGCAGGAAGCGGCUGUGUGGCUUCAAAGUCCCAGGGAACAGCCCCUGGAACACCCGCAGCGUCCCCACCUCCCUCCUUGCCCACGCUUCUGUCAGCUCCCAGGCUCUGACUUUGGUCCUGGCUGGUGAUUGAGGCCUGCGGUCCUGUGCCAGGAAGCGGCCUCCCCAGCAGAGCUGACACCCUGAAGCUGCCCCCAGACCACUGUGACACCCCGGCCCCUGGGGAGACAGGACAGAUGACAGGCCUCCUGGCUUUGGCAUCAAAACGCCCCACGGUCAUGUCCUAGUGGAGGAAACCCAAGGCAGGCAGGCCCAGCCCCUGUGACGAGGGGCUGUGUGUGUCCUGGUCCAUCUGAGGAAGAUGGGGCUCCCACCCAGGGCUCAUGGUCUUGCCUGUCCAGCCUGCCGGCCUCUCACAGGCCCCGCGUGCCACCCUCGGGGGUGCGACCAGCAGCUCAGCCUCCCCAGGACCUCCCCCCCAAGCCUGUCGGUGGGGGCAGAGCCACCCCAUGUGCUAUUUCUGGUCGAAUCCCUGCUCACCACUGCCGGGCUGGGGGAGUCAGGGACCCCUGCCAGUGUCGCUGGGACCCCCUCUAAGCCCAGCCUGGCUCCAUCUUCGCUGGAAAAUGUGAGACAGAGCAUGUCCCCUAGUGCUGAGGUUCCCAUGAGGCUCCAUGUCGCUGUCACCUGGGCUGGGCCAGGGGAGGGACGGAGGGGAGGGGAGGGGAGGUCUUGGAGGUCCAAGAGGCCGGGCAGAGCUGUACGUACAUUUCAUCUCCGCCACCAGUCGCUAAGUCUCGCCGUGAGAAAGGUGAAACCAGAUGGCCGGGCCGCUCCUGCAGCGCGUGGCGGCCGCUUAGCUCAGUCCCCUUAGCCGAGCAAAGUGACCUAAUUGAAACCCAACUAAACGACUCAAUUGGCAAACACAAACGCUGUGUCCGUUCCGAGGAUUCCUCUGAGUGGUGUGUGCCGAGGGGGGCAUCCGCGUGCCGUCCAGACACACGCCUUCCCUCCUCUGUUCAGUUCUAGCUCCCAAAACAAAGACCAAAGAAGGCCGAUUUCUCACUGACUGUCCCCCCCCGCCCCCCAAAUUGCCGUGUGUAGUACCCGCCCAGCGCAAGGACCCAUCUGGACAGUCCAAGUGAUGGUGGCCAGUGACUGCGCCCUGUGCGCUCUCUGCUCUUCUGAGAAACGGCGCGGCAGUGAGCUUCCCCUCGCAGUAGUAAGCGUUGUGGGCAGCGCCGCCGGGUGAGAACAGCAUUACCGUCCCUUUGUGUUACCUUAUGCUGUGUGGUUUAUUUAGUAUUUAUUUGUGUUCUUGAGGUCUUGCAAUGUUUUGUGUUACCAAUGCUAAUAAUAACUGAAGUUUGUAAGAGUGUAGAAUGCAAAACUUGGAAAUGCUCAACUUAGUAGAGGACAAUAAAUCUGACUAAGGA